AUGGGUCCAGAUGCUGCUCAGAUGAUCUUCAACUGCAGAAAGUUUGCUGAAGGUACCGACAUACUCAAGCAAUCAACGUCUCCGGAGGAGCUCCUCCGCUUCAAAACCCUUGGCAAGGAAUUCGAGCAUGUUCCAAACGAAGAGCAGCAGUUGAUUGCUCUAGAUACAACUUCGUCUGAAAUUGGUGUGACCACAAUCAUUGGCCCGCCAGGUUGUGGCAAGACGAUGGUGGACAUCCGAAUCCUCUGGGCACAUACAAGGCUGGGACGUCGCGUCAUGGGAGCUGCUCCUACAAAUUCGGCUCGCGACUCACUCGUACAAGGCUUCAUCAAGCAGAACAGUAGCCGACCGGUCAGCGAGCAGGUCCCAGAUCACAAGUGGGUCGUCUUCACUGGUGGACAAGUGAGCAUCGAAGGUGCAUUGCGACUUGGGUUUGACCAGAUGAAGGAGCUCAACCCAGAGAAGGAGCUUAUGGAGCGGAACAGCGCAUACUGGGCCCACCUCUGCGAUCUGCUUCACCGUAUUGCUGUCUGGAAGAGCGAUGUAUCAUACGACAGUCCGCACCAAGGUGGCGAUCAGCUCUAUACGUGGGCCAAUGACUUCGAUAACACCAAGGCCAACCUCAAGUACAUCCAGGACCCAGAACAGCACGGCCGCUCCGAGAAGCAUAUUGAAGCCCUCGAACUGACGCUGCAGAGGUGCUUCUUGAAGGAAGUGUCUGUCUGUUUUUGCACAAUCUCAACGUCGGCCCACCCUCUCUUGCUCGAGAGUGGUAUCUGGGAUGGAGUCAUCAUCGACGAGGCCGCCCGUGAGACGCGUGCUGGAAUGGCGACUAUCAUGGGUGCAUUUAGUGGCCGAAUUCGCCACUUCACUCUGUCGGGAGAUCACUGGCAAGGCGAGGGCAUUGUGGUCUCAGUUGAGCUGCCGCACAUCAACGCACAGCAUGUGUUCGGAGAGUGGCUGCGGAGCGCAUGUGUUGAAUCUCUCUGGCUCCAGUAUAACUCCACCCCUACUCCAACCUUUCUCAAGAUCAAGUUUGCGGGUCCAUUGGAAGCUUUUGCUGGUCCUCAACCCCCUCAGCUUCCUAUGCCUUCUGGUCCGUCUGGUCCAUCUGGUCCGUUUGCCCCGCCUGUCCCUUCUGGUCUUGCUGGUCUUUCUGAUGAGGAGGAUUAUGGUCUUUUGUCGCCUUCUGGUCCCCUGGAUCAUGAUGAUACAAAUAUGCUUUCCCCGACAAUAUCGAACCCCGAAGCAACAGACGAAGGGCUUUCGUGGCAACUACCACAAGGUCUAACAUCUGGAACAGCCCGCUAUCUUGAGCGAUCAACGAAAGUGGGUCCACUCUUGCGUUUGGAAUUUGGCAGACCAGGCAAUGACGUUCUUUCGAUCAUACUCAGCAACCGUUUCUCCGGCGAAGCGAUGUGGUUCAGGAAAAUGAAGGAUAAAUCAUUUCUUCCCAAGAAAGCCAUGUAUGGCCAAGGAACGGGUCGCUGCUUACCUGCAGUCAAUACGCAGCACUGA